CUUUGGCGAAGGGGCGGGACUUGCACCGGCGUCUCUUCUUCCAACUGCAGCUUGGGGCAGCGCCAUUUUGAAUGUGCAGCGAGCGGCUGCGGGCGUGAAUUCGGGCAGGACGAGUUGCCGGCUCGCCUACCAAGCGGUCUCUUAACUGUCAAUAUUUUGUUGCUAGAGGCUUAUGUAGAGACGUAUACAUAUAUAUAUAUAUAGACAUACGCACUAUAUAUAGAUCUAGGCCUGUAUCUGGUGUCCGAGGCGAACUCACUAAGAUGAUGUUAAGGGGAAACCUGAAGCAAGUGCGCAUUGAGAAAAACCCGGCCCGCCUUCGCGCCCUGGAGUCCGCGGCGGGCGAGAGCGAGCCGGCGGCCGCCAUGGCGCUCGCGCUGGCCGGGGAGCAGGCACCACCCGCACCCGCACCCUCGGAGGACCACCCGGACGAGGAGAUGGGGUUCACCAUCGACAUCAAGAGUUUCCUCAAGCCGGGAGAGAAGACGUACACGCAGCGCUGCCGCCUCUUCGUGGGAAACCUGCCCACAGACAUCACGGAGGAAGACUUCAAGAGGCUCUUCGAGCGCUACGGCGAGCCCAGCGAAGUCUUCAUCAACCGGGACCGUGGCUUCGGCUUCAUCCGCCUGGAAUCCAGAACACUGGCUGAGAUUGCAAAAGCAGAGUUGGAUGGCACCAUUUUGAAGAGCAGACCUCUACGAAUUCGCUUUGCCACACAUGGAGCAGCCCUAACUGUCAAGAACCUUUCUCCAGUUGUUUCCAAUGAGCUGCUAGAGCAAGCUUUUUCUCAGUUUGGUCCAGUAGAGAAAGCUGUUGUGGUUGUGGAUGAUCGCGGUAGAGCUACAGGAAAAGGUUUUGUAGAAUUUGCAGCAAAACCUCCUGCACGAAAGGCUCUGGAAAGAUGUGGUGAUGGGGCAUUCUUGCUAACAACGACUCCUCGUCCAGUCAUUGUGGAGCCCAUGGAGCAGUUUGAUGAUGAAGAUGGCUUGCCAGAGAAGCUGAUGCAGAAAACUCAACAAUACCAUAAGGAAAGAGAACAACCACCACGGUUUGCUCAACCUGGGACAUUUGAAUUUGAGUAUGCCUCUCGAUGGAAGGCCCUUGAUGAAAUGGAAAAGCAGCAGCGUGAGCAGGUUGACAGAAACAUCAGAGAAGCCAAAGAGAAACUGGAAGCAGAAAUGGAAGCAGCGAGGCAUGAACACCAAUUAAUGCUAAUGAGGCAAGAUCUAAUGAGGCGUCAAGAAGAACUCAGACGCUUAGAAGAACUCAGAAACCAAGAGCUGCAAAAACGGAAGCAAAUACAACUAAGACAUGAAGAGGAGCAUCGGCGGCGUGAGGAAGAAAUGAUCCGACACAGAGAACAGGAGGAACUGAGGCGACAGCAAGAGGGCUUUAAGCCAAACUACAUGGAAAAUACUGGAGCGCAGUGGUGUGAUCUCAACUCACUGCAACCUCUGCCUCCUGGGUUCAAGCAAUUCUCAUGCCUCAACCUCCCAAGUAGCUGAGAUUACAGGUGCGUACCACCACACCCAACUAAUUUUUGUAUUUUUAGUAGAGAUGAGAUUUCACCAUGUUGGCCAGGCUGGUCUUGAACUCCUGACCUCAAGUGAUCCACCUGCCUUGGCCUCUCAAAGUUCUGGCAUUUAUAGGCAUGAGCCACUGUGCAUGGCCAGAAUUUUUUUUCUUUUUUUUUGGGGACAGAGUUUUACUCUUGUCACUCAGGGUAGAGUACAAUGGCAUAUUCUUGGCUCACUGCAACCACUGCCUCCCAGGUUCAAGUGAUUCUCUUGCCUCAGCCUCCCAAAUAGCUGGGAUUACAGGUACUCGCCACCACGCCUAGCUAAUUUUUGUAUUUUUAGUAGAGACAGAGUUUUACCAUGUUGGCCAGGCUGGUCUCAAACUGCUUUACUCAGGUGAUCUACCUGCCUCGGCUUCCCAAAGUGCUGAGACAACAGGCAUGAGCCACUGCGCCUAGCUGAAAAUUUUUUUAAGACGGGCUCUCGCGUGUCACGCAGGCUGGAGUACAGUGGCAUGAUGAUAGCUCCCUGUGACCUUGAACUCCUGGCCUCAAGUGAUUCUCUUGCCUCAGCCUCCCACGUAGUUGGGACUACAGGUGUGUGACAUCAGCCCCUCCUAAAGAAAAAUAUUCUUUUGUACAGAUGGCAUCUCUCUGUGUUCCCAAGGCUAGUCUCAAACUCUUGGGCUAAAAGCAGUCUUCUGUCUCUGCCUUCCAAAGCGCUGGGAUUACAGGUGUGAGGCACUGUACCUGGUCCUUUUUAUGUUUAAUAUGAUUUAUUCUUAAUACUUACCAAGUUGUAUUCUAAUUUUUUUCCUGAACUUUGUUAUCUACUCACUGUGUUCUCUGAAUGAAUUUUGAGGUAAAGAAUUUUAUGUUUGUCAUGUUAUAGUUACUUAGAUGUAAGCUGAGAGAAUUAACUAGCUGUUUGAUGACAUGUUUUUCAAAUACCAGUGCAUCUCAGUUAUGGUUUUCAGUCUGUAUAGAUCAUCAAACCUUGACAUUUAUUGAAUAUUCAUGCCUCAGAUAUUAAACAUUUGGUACAUUGGAAAAUAAACGUAGCAUUGAGGUACAAUUGCUGUUAUUUUUUGUAGACUUCAUAUGUGAUUACAUAAUGAAGAGUAAUUUUUAAAAGCAGCCAAAUAAACAUUUUUUUGUGUGUGCUUGGUUUUCAAUACACCUAACUUUUUACUUCAGAGUAUUAGACUUACGGGAAGACUGGGAGGUUUCCAUUUAGGAAGAAAAACUUGUUCACUGUUUCCUGUAUUCAAAACAUGGUACUGAGCACUGUAGAGGAUAUGGAGAAUGUUGGACGAUUUUAGGUUCUGAGUACUUAAGAGUGCUAAUGUUAAAGGAAACAGCUCAAACAUUCUUAAGAGUUUAGAAAAUGAAUUUCUCUACUGAGGAUGUCCAGCUUGUCAUUAAAUAGUCUUGGCACUAUUGUGGGGUACUUUUGUGUGUAUACGUGUGUGUGUGUGUGUGUGUGUGUAUGUGUGUGCGUGUGUGUGUGUGUUUGUGUGUGUUUUCAUAAAAUGAUGUGAUUUGUUUAUUAUUCCUGCUGUGUUGUAGGUAUACCUCAUGUCUUUUCAUUUGAAAUGGUAAGUUCUUCUAAUAAUUUUUGGUUCAGAAUGGUAAGAUUUUUUUAGCUAAUGUUAACCUUUUUUUGAGCAAUUGGAGAAGAGGAGAGUCCAGACCGGCAAAUAGAUGUGAUUAACUAAUAUAAACAUAUCUUGUACAUUGUCUAAUAUGCGAUACAACUAAUAAUUUAAAUCAUUUAAUAGUUUGAAUUAAUAACAAGAUGCUAGGAAAGCAUAAAAAUUGAACUUGUUACUUCUGCUUUGCGACUUGUUUAAUGUAUUUGGAGCCACCUUACAAGUGCUUGUUCUACAUAGUGACAAUAAGGUAUAAUUUAGGCUAGUCAGUAUCUAAGAUCGUCUGUACUUCCUAUUGAGGAUAGUAUCAUUAUAGUAUCAUCUAAAAUGUUAGAACUUUGUACUAAAACUAAAAAGUGAUAAUGUCUAUCUAUAUUCAGUAUUAAGUAACUACUAAUGAGAGGUAGGCUAUAGGAACUUGGGUUUGUAAGCAUCUUCUGAUGAGAUGCAGUUAUUUGAGUUAGAUUGAUAAUUAUAAUUACAAACUUUCAAAGGCGUUUACAAAUUUCAAGUAACUGAAAGUUUAUGGGUAAGUUUGCUUCUUUUCUUAAUGAUAUCUUAGACUAUAUUGUGCACUAUGUUUCAAACCCUGGCUUUUCUGGUUGUAAGUUUACCAUAGUUUUCUUUUUUCUUUUUUUUUUUUUUUCCAGCACAAGGGACACAGAACCAUAGUUUUCUUAAGUCUUCAUUUGGUUUAUUAUUGUUUUUCCUACAUUUGAUUUUAACCAAUUGAUAUUACUGUUACAGUAGUUUGUUUUAUAAUUGCAGAUUUUAAAUAACUUUGAUUUUUAUUUUGGUAUCACUUAAAUGUUUAAAAAAUGACUAUGUAUUUGAAUCUGUUGCUUUGAGCUAGCUACUUAGAAGAAAAUAUGUAUUUAUCACAAUUUCAAUGCCCCUGGUAAAUUAAGAUGAUUUAGCUAAUGCCUAGUAUCACAAACAGAAAUGGGUAUUCUCCUCUAUAAAAUAUGUACUUAACUCAUAAUGCAUUGGCCUUCUAUGCCUUGUUUUUGUCUUUUUUGCUUUUUUCUGUUGAUGGGACCAAUUUGGAAUUGCUGCUUGUGCAGUUUAUAUUUGUUUGUUUAGUUUCAUCUUUUAUACCUUGACCUGGCCAGUUGUGAUAGUUUUACUUUGGUAAGGAAAUGCAUUGGAUAAGAAAGAGGUUAUGGAUCAAGAAAUGCAGACCAGUCACCAGUAUGUGAGCUUUGGUAAGAUUUUAUUGCUAGUAUUGUUUGUCUUACAGUUGAUAUCCUUGCUCCUUUUUUUUAGUUCUGGGUAAAGUAACUAAAUUUGAAGAAUAAAUACUAUUAAUCAGUUUUAGGUUUUAAAAGCACUUCUUUAGAGUGAGUUUACAAUGACAGUUGAAAAUGGUAAUCUUAAAAAUGCCCUCAGGUGCAUUAUAAAUAAAAUUCUUAGGAGCAGUGGUGUGUGCCUGUAGUCCCAGCUACUUGGGAGGCUGAGGUGGGAAGAUCAGGUGAGCUCAGUAAUUCAAGGCCAACUUCGGCAACAUAGCAAGAGGUCCAUCUCUUAAAAGAAAAUCUCAGCUGAAUAGAAGCUUCCUUAACAAUUAUUUUAUGUAAAAUACAUAUUUCCUUCUGUGAUGUUUGCUAGAUUGUGUGUACGUUUAAUUGAUCUUUGGUUAGAGAGCCACCCUAUGUAUUAAAAAACAGCCAUUAAUUUUGAUGCACAUUCAAUUGAAUUUGACAGUAAUAUCAGAGUAAUUUAUUUACUCAAUUACCUGAACCAGGCUUUUAAAAUACACCGUUGAAUGUAUUUGUUUUAAGAGGCAGAUGUUAAGUAAUGAACACAGUUAAGUUCCCCUACUUUUAUUUGUCAUUGCCUCUAUUUCUAAUUUAGUAUUUAACAAGUAACACCUACUUUUGUUUCAUGACUAAACCUUGCAGUAUAAAUUAAAAUGUAAUUAGCUGGGUGUACUUGCAUGAUUUUAGUGCCAGCUAUGUGGGAGCCUGAGGCAGGAGGAUCAGUUGAGCCCAGUGAGUAUAAGUCUAACCUGGGCAACAGAGUGAGACUACAUUUUUUUUUUUUUUUGAGACAGAGUAAGACUCUGUCUCCCAGGCUGGAAUGUGGCGGCUCCAUCUCGAUAGAGGCACUGCAACCUCUGCCGCCAUGGUUCAGGCAGUUCUCUUGCCUCAGCCUUCCGAGUAGCUGGGAUUACAGACUCCUGCCACUGUGCGCAGUUAGUUUUUGUAUUUUUAUUUUUCACUGUCUUGGCCAGGCUGGUCUUGAACUCCUGACCUCGUGAUCUACCCACCUCAGCCUUGCAAAGUGCUAAGAUUACAGGUGUGAGCCACCGCGUCUGGCCUUUUUUGUUUGUUUGUUUUUAAUGUAAUUGAUUAUUCAAAAGGAUUCAUUUUCAAGUUUCAAUAUUUUAGUAGUCUUUUUCAAAGGAACUUUAGGUUCACAGCAAGAUUGUGUGGAAGGUACAGAAAUUUCCCAUAUAUCCUGUGUCAUAUACAUACAGCUUAUCCCACGAUCAAAAUCUUUUACCAGAAUGAUAAAACCAGUUGCUGAAGCUAUGUUGAUACAUUCCUAUCAACCAAAGUCUAUAAUUCAACUUUAGAUUUGCUCUGGGUGUGCGUUCUGAGGGUUCUGACAAAUCUAUGAUGUGAACCUACCAUUACAGUAUCAUACAGAGUAUUUUCACCUCCUUAAAAAUCUUCUGUGCUCUGCUUCUUUAUCCCUUCCUCCUAACCCUUGGCAACCACUGAACCUUCUAUUGUCUCCAUCGUUUAGCCUUUUCCAAAAUGUCAUGUAGUUGGAAUCAUACAGUAUGUAGUCUCUUCAAAUUGGCUUCUAGUCACCUAACAAUAUGUUUUUAAGUUUCCUCUAUGUCUUUUCAUGGAUUGAUAGCUCAUUUCUUUUUAGCACUGAAUACUUUGUCUGGUUGUACCACAGUGCAUCCAUUCACCUACUAAAGAACAUCUUGGUUGCUUCCAGGUUUUAGCAAUUAGCUGCUAUAAACGUUCAUGUGUAGGUUUUUGCGUAGACAUAGGUUUGCACCUCUUUUGGGUAAAAAGCAAAGAGUGAUAUUGCUGUAUCAGAUGGUAAGAGUAUGUUUAAUUUUAUCAGAAAUGACCAGACUGUCUUCCAAAAUGGUUACACCCAUUUGUAUUCCCUUCAGCAAUAAGUUAAAGUUCUUGUUGCAUCACAUCUUUGCCCGCAUUUGUUGUCAGUGUUUCAGAUUGUCACCAUUCUAAUAGGUUUUGUAGUGCUAUCUCAUUUUAAUUUGCAGUUCCGUCAGUGUAAUUUAUAAUUCUAUCAAUGACAUACAGUGUAAAGUUUCAUUUUAGUAAUCAUGUAACUGAGGAAUAUUUUCCCAAAUAUUCAUGGGUGAAGAUAUUUAGGAAUGCAUAUAUUAAGGGGAGAAAACCCGCCUUUGGGUAUGUAUAUGUACGUAUAAAUAUAUAUAUACAUACGUACAUACAUAGAGUCUUAUUUUUUAAAACUAUUUACCCCCUCCCUAACUAGCAGCAAAUAAUGCAGUGUAUUGGAAAUUAUUGUUUUUAAUUGCCUGAAUUUAAAUGUUAAGUUUUCCAAGCAUUCACUGUUGGUUAGGUUGGAAAGUUUACAUGCUAAUUGAGUUGUAUCAAAAGUAAUGUGUAUUUUUUUCCUCUUCGGUUUAAAACUUUUUUUUGGAGCGAGGUCUGAUUCUGUCACCCAGGCUGGAUGGAGCACAGUGGCACAAUCAUAGGUCACCAUAACCUUGAAUUCCUGACCUCUUGCCUUGAUCCGCCAAAGCCCUGAGAUUACAGGCACUAGACACCAUGCCUGACCCUUAUUUACCUUUUUUUUUUAAAAAGCAGAGUCUCCCUCUCUUGCCCAGGCUGGAGUGCAGUGGCACGAUCUCUGCUAACUGCAACCUCUGCCUCCUGAGAUCAAGUGAUAUUCCUGCCUCAGCCUUCCGAGUAGCUAGGACUACCAGGCACCCACUACCACGCCCGACUAAUUUUUUGUGUUUUUGAUAGAGACGGCAUUUCACCGUGUUGACCAGGCUGGUCUUGAAGUCCUGACCUCAGAUGAUCUGCCCAUCUUGGCCUCACAAAAUGCUGGGAUUAUUGAGCCAUGGCGCCCAGCUUUAUUCUACUGCCUCAGCCUCCCAAGUAGCUGGGAUUACAGGCAUGCGUUACCGCACCUGGCUAAUUUUUGUAUUUUUAGUAGAGACAGGGCUUCAUCAUGUUGGCCAGGAUGGUCUUGAAUUCUCGGUUGCAAAUGAUCUGCCUGCCUCAACCUCCCAAAGUGCUGGGAUUACAGGCAUGAGGUACUGUGCUUGGCUUUAAUUUUUAGUAGAGAUGGGGUUUCACCACGUUGGCCAGGCCAGUCUUGAACUCCUGACUUCAAGUGAUCAGCCCGCCUGAGCCUCGCAAAGUGCUGGGAUUACAGGUGUGAGCCACCAUGUCUGACCCAGUUUACUUUUAUUAGAGAAGAUUAAUUUGUUGAUAUACACCCUUCACUAUCUUAAUGUUUUUUUUCAUGAGUUAAUACUUUCUUAGUAAAGAGGCCUAAUCUCUUGAGGUUUUUAAAAAUGCCUAUCAAUAUUUCAUGUAAUUGAUUUUUGCUUUAUUCUUUGUGUCUACAGUUUGUUAGCUAAUAUUUCUGGUUGCUAACAGUUUUUACUUAAUAUUUCUCAUGAAAGUUUAACUGGUUAUCACUACCUUAUUGUUCUUUUAUGUAAACUUCUUUAGUGAAAGAAAAGGUAAUAGAAUGCAGUUUGCUCACACCAAAAUCUUUUCAAUUGCUAAAUAUAAUUUUUUUCUAGGGAACUUAUUUUUAGGAAUAUUUAUAUAUUCCUAAUUGAUUAAAAAGACUGAAUCCUAUUGCUUGUCAGAACUUACUAUAUUUUUCUCUAGAAUUACGUAUUUUUUAGUGGAUUUAAAUGUUCUAUAUUAUUUUAGCAUUUUCUUUUUUUGAGACAUAGGACCUAAAUAGCAUGUGGUGAUUCCUAGACAAUUCUUAAAGCUUCCUUUGAGAUAAGCAUGAGAGGUCUUUAUCCAUAAAGAAUUUUGAUUGUGACCUAAAAAAGAAUAUUGUUUGUGGCCAUUAAGAUUACAUUCACUCAAACAAGAGUUUAUACUGAUAAAGUGUUAGAUGAAUACCUCUUUUGAUUGAUCAUUAAAUGUUGUUCCAGUUGACACAGUUAAAGCAGGUUUUACUUAGUUCAGUGAGUGUAUCCCCAGGUUUAUGUGGUCAUACUACACUUUAGCUUUAUCUGAGUACUGUGUAAGUCAUUCCUUUAAAUUAGGUUAUUGGUAACACACACACACACACACACACACACACACACACAUACACACAGUACAGGUUGAAUAUCUCUUACCUAAAAUACUUGGGGCUAGAAGUAUAUUGGAAUUUUUGGAAUGUUUGCAUAUAGGUAAUGAGAUACCUUGGGGAUGGGACCCAGAUCCAAAUAUGAAAUUAACUUAUGUUUCAUAUAUGUCUUAUAUACAUAGCCUGAGGUAACUUCAUAGAAUUAAAAAAAAAUCUUUUUUUAAGAGGGUCUCACUGUGUUGCGCAGGCUUAUCUCGAAUUACUGGGCUCAGGCAGCUCUUGCAUCUCAGCUUCCUAGAGUGCUGGGGUUAUAGGCAUGAACCACCAUGCCUGGCUCAGUAGAAUAUUUUCAAUAAUAGUUUUGUGGGUGAAAGUUUUGCCUAAAUUUUGACUUAGACCCACUAUAUGAGGUCAGAUGUAGAAUUUUCCACUUUGGGCAUUGUGUUGGUGUUCAAAAAGUUUUCGGUUUUGGAGUAUUUGGGGUUUUGAAAUUUUGGAUGGUUAUGCUCACCUUGUAUCUUGAUAGCCUAAAUAAAUAUUAAAGGAAAAAUAUCCAUGUUCUGCACAAAAAGUGUCAUGUGCCAGUAGUGGCAUGUUUACCAUGCUUUGGAAAAUAUUUGGUAGGUUAAUUUACCCUACUUAGUGCAAGCUUUCUGUUUUUUAUAUUUUCAUUAAAGAAAUACUGACUGGACUUUAAAAAUAGUACUUUCAAACAUUUUUGCUUCCAUAUUUCUUUAAUUUUCCACAUCAUUGAGGGCUACAAAGUGCUGCCAAAGGAUUGUAUCAGUAUUUACCAUAGUAUAAACCAAAGUGAGUUUUAGAGAAAAUGUUACAGAGUUAAGAGUUGCUUUCUUGUACAUUUUUGCAAAUUUCUUUAAUAUUCACCUUCAGUGUAGUGGGAAGAAUGGUAUUGUUUUAUGUUUUGUAAAUUUGUUUUUCUCUGUAAAAAAUGGUUGACUUCCCACAUUUGCUUUUGCAAUCCAUCUAUUGCAGAAAGCUUUUUGAUUAAAAUGCAUCAAAGAAGACCUGACUUUAUACGAAAAAGUGAUAAGGGAGGAGUAUGUUAAUAACCUUUAAAGAUAAUUGUGGAUAUUUUUUGAUACUACUGUAAAACUUAAAAGUACUCUUACAUCGAAAUUAAUUGGGCUGGCUGGGCAUGGUGGCUUACACCUAUAAUGCCAACACUUGGGGAGGCUGAGGAAGAUGGAUCACUUGAGCUCAGGAGUUCAAGAUCAGUCUGGGCAACAUGGUGAAACCCCCUUUCUACAAAAAAAACACAAAAAUUAUCUGGGGGUGAUGGUAUGUGCCUUUAGUCCCAGCUACUCUGGAGGCUGAAGCAGGAGGAUUGCUUGAAUCCAGGAGGCAGAGGCUGAGGAAGCUGAGAUCACUCCAUUGCACUCCAGCCUGGGUAACAGAGUGAAACUUGUCUCAAAAAAAGAAAAAUCCACUGGGCCGCUUUGAAUUUUGGAUAGAUCUUUUACCCAUGCAUGAUUUUGUAGUGUCAUGUACCAAUCAGAAACUGAUGCAUUGACCUAAGCAGAUUAUCCAAAUGUUAAUGUUUUUAUCUUACAAAAUUAAAAGGUUACAUUUCUUCAUAUUGAUCUCAUAGAAAAUGCCUGCCAAAUACUCAAGCCAAUAGUUAUAGUGUCUCAUGUAAAAAUCUUGUUCCAUGAAAAAAGUAGUUCAUUCAGCAUGCACCCCAAUCAUGAAUGCUUUUUCUUAAAAUAACCAUCCUACUUCAGAGUGCAGCAGCAGUGGUUUAUGGACAAAUCCUGUUUUAUUGUGAAGGACAUGAAAAAAGAAUGUACCCAUGGAUAGAGAUUUAAUAAAAUUAACUUUUACUGCUUCAUCCAGGUAUUCAUAGUUUUAAACCACAGUUUGAUGCAUGUGACAAAUGCAGUGGCUACUAGUAAAAAUUGGGCACAUGUCCCUUGGAUUGUGCUAAAGCACUGGGACUUCCCAGCCAUUACUUUUGCACCACUGAGUGUGGUAAAUGUUGAUACAGAGAAAAGCCUGUUGAUAGUAUUAUAACUAAUUAUAUCUUAGUGCCAGGAAAAUAUAAAAUAGUAUGAUUGUGUACUUGCUGAGUGUUGGAGACUCUUAGUACUCCAUGACCUACACAUUAAGAACUGCGGUAAUGCCGGAAGGCUGUUUUGACAUGUGGUUCUGGGAAUUAGUUGCUUCCUGUUUUGGUCAUCUGUUAAUUUAAGUACAUUUGAAUUACAAGCUUUUCAGGAAUACAUAUGUAUAAUUCUUUUCAUGGAAAGGCAUACAGUCUUAUGAAUACUGCAAAGAUAAGUUAAAAAUCUCUCCUUUUGUUAGGCUUUGACUGUUGGAAUUCUUUUUUUUUUUUUUUUGACCAUAUGGGACAUGGAGAUACGUUGAAAUUUUUGAAGAAUGAAAGUAUCUUGUGAAUGUUAAACGUUUUAUGAACUCUAUUUUAGCAGAAUCAUAUAGGCUAGCUCAGCCACUUACUCUACAUAUGACCUUGACUAAGUUAUUCAACAGCUUUGUGCCUCAGUUUCAUUAUCUCUAAAAUGAGGUAACAGUAGAACCUACUUCACAGAGCUGAAUCCAUAACAUAAAACUGAGUUUUCAUCAUAGCUUUAUUUUAGCGCACUGCAGUCUUUUGAGAAUGUUGGUAACAAAGUUGUUUUGGCUUAAACCAAACUCUUAAUUUUUUUUGUAAAGUAAUAAAGCAUUAUUUAAAUUUGUAAAAAUAACACAUAUAAUGCACUGGUUCUAACUUAAACUCCAAUUUGAAAUAUUAUUAAAAGUCAUUCAUGGGGGAAAUAAGGGUCUUGUGUCUUGCUCGUGGGGUGGGCACACAGUUGUGAAUUUCUUCAAGUGGUUCUUACUAAUAUUUGAUAGAUUUAGUGAUAGUGAAAAAUACUGUAUUAAUUUCAUUUUACAAAGUCAUCUUAAUAUAAUCUCUACCUCUUUUGCAUUUUACUGGAAGUUUGUAGUGGUGGGUUUCUAGAAAGUAACGGCCUGAAGAUAUGACUAGGAAGCUGAAAACUUCUUUUGUUCCUUCUAAAAUAGUUACAAAAUAAUGUCAUCAAAUUAUACUGUCUUAAGAGCAAAGCUGUAUAAAAUAGUAUUUAGUAAUCAUCUUUAAGAUGCUGUCAACAUUACUAAAUACAAGUAUAUAUAUGUAUUUAGUGAAAAACGCUGUAAUAUACCUCAUGAAUUGGUAUUUUAAUACAGUAAUAUGCUAUAGUAGCAUGAAGUAUUCUAAGAUACUCUGAUUAUCUCAUUUAAAGAAAGGUAUUUUAGAACUUGUACCAAUUUAUAAACCACCACCAGAAAGGGAAUGUUCGUAUAUAAUAGUUGACUUAAAACCAUAGAUAUUUUCAGUACAUUGAUACCUUUCCCAUGGCAUCUCUUAAUGACAGUGGAUUUAAUAAUAAAAGAAGAUACUUUGUGAAUAAUAAAGCUCAUACUAUUCUAGAAAGUUAUUCUAGAGAGUGAUACACAGAGCUGAAAAUACAAAGAGAUGAUAAAAAAGAUUGUUUAUGCCCCCUUUCCCUGCUGGUGAAUCAUAAGCCAAUAGUUAAGGUAUUAGGGUAUAUAGAUAUUGAAAUCUCAAGCAGCGAGACUGUAAAUAAUUAUCCUGUAUUAGUGGUUAGAUAUUGAACUCCUAUCCUUUCAUUGUGAAGACAAAUUUAAAAGUAAAAGUAUAAAUUGAACUCAUGCUCCCCAAAAGUCAUGAUUAUAAAAUUCCUGUAUUUUACUCAGUGAUGCUGGUGUGUAACCAGCUUCUUAACAAAAUAUUUACUAUAUUUACUUGUUACAGAUACUUACCUAGAUGCUAUAGAUAUCAUUUUUAUAGCUAAAAGAUUUUGGGUGUGUUGAAGCAUUCCUCACUUUGAUCAGUAGGUUCUAAGAACUUAAUCAGUAGUUUCUAAAUAGUGAUAAACAAAUGGCAAUUUGAUUUAUUCAAAGUAGUGAUAACAUAAGCUUUAUUUUAAAAUAAUUUUUUAAAUAUAAUACUUGAUCAGUAUUAUAUUUUAUCUUACAGUCUAGCCUUUUUUUUUUUUGGGGGGGGGAGAUAGAGUUUCAUUCUUGUCGCCCAGGCUCACUGCAACCUCUUCCUCCUGGGUUCAAGCAGUUCUCCUGCCUCAACCUCCUGAGUAGCUAGGAUUACAGGCAUGCAGCACUAUUGUCUGGCUAAUAUUUUUUUGUAUUAUUAGUAGAGACGGGAGUUUACCAUGUUGGCCAGAGUGGUCUUGAACUCCUGACCUCAGGUGAUCUACCCAUCUCCCAAAGUACUAGGAUUACAGGCAUGAGCCACCAAGUCUGGCCUCAGUUUAGCGUUUUUUGCAGGUCAGUAAUAAUAUCCGUUAAUGGCCAAAAUUUUUAUGAUGAGAAAUUUAUUUUUAGGAAAGUGAAAACAUGGCUUUUAGGCUGGGCCUGAUGGUUCACUCUUGUAAUCUCAGCACUUGGUAAGGCUGAGGCAGGAGGAUUGCUUGAGCCCAGUAGUUAGAGAUCAGCCGGGUCAACAUAGAGAGACCUCAUCUCUACAAAAAAUAAUGAAACAAUUCACUAGGCAUGAUGAUGCAUGCUUGUUGUCCUACCUAUUUGGGAAGUUGAGGCAGGAGGAUCACUUGAGCCCAGGAGUUCAAGGCUGCAGUGAGCUAUGAUGAUGCCACGGCACUGCAGCCAGGGUUACAGAGCGAGGAUCUCUUAAGAACAUUUGUCUUAAAAGAAGCUUGUAGAAAGAUUGGUAUUUAAAUGUUCUGAUGUAAGAGAAAGCAUUUUAUCUCUCAUGAUGGUGUCUUUGAGUAUAAUAGCUUUAUUCAUUGUACCCUUCAUGAAGAUUUUUUUGGGCAUCUCUUUUUUUUUUUUUUUGAUUUUAAAUAACUGCAGUGCAAGAAUGGACUGUGGUAGCCAGGGCAUCUCUAUUUUUUAAGUUAGACAGGCAUUUUUUUUUAAGGAGUUGUUUGUGACUUAAUGGCAAUUACGUUUCCAUUGUAGGCUUUUAUUUUCUUUAUUUCCAGCUUUGUCGGUGCUUUUCAACAGUAUUUUGUAUUAUAAAAUGGAACUUUACAUGAACAUUUAGAUUUUAAUAAGAUAGGCUUUUCAAAGUACAGUUAUUAUACAUUGUUUAAACAUUGCUGCUUUUGUCUCAUAAUGGAAUGUUUUUCAUGAUUGCUACAUUUAACACAGUUUUCUGUUACUGGAAAUGGUCAUCAAGUCAAAGUGAAAAUUGCAAUUUUCGUAUGUUAUCUUGAGUAACUUAGAGAUUUCAUGGAAGUUAAUUCUAUGUAACUAUUGUUGGUAAAUGAAGAGUUUUUAGGAAGCAGUUGCUGUAAUGAAAUUUCAAAUGUUUUGAAUAUUUCUGUUCUAUAGUUACUUUCAUUCAGGUUUUCAAGUAAAAUUACUGCUCAGUUAAAGCAAUGCUGUGUCAAGCUUUCAAUAAUUGCUUGUGUGGGCUAUCUGUAGUCCCUUAAUGGAAUAAUGCUUGAGUAAAUGAAUAAAAAUAUACAAAUGAAUUGUAACAUUUAGACAAUGAGUAUUGUCUAUAACUUUAUUUUUAGCAGAAUUCCCUAAAGCUAUUUGUGGUUAUAUGUUUGAAUACAUUUCAACAGGAACUUGGUAAUGGUCAUUUCUAUUUUAAGACUUCAGUGACCUGGGAGGAGAAAAUAAUUGGCCCUGGUGGUUAUUAUUACUAGAUUUUCCUUUGCUUGGAAUCUAGGCAUGUGUCUUUCAUCUACUGGAAUAAACACAUUGAAAAUAAUCCGUGGUAGAGUUUAUAUAAUCUGAUUCAUUGGUAAUCUAAUCUUGCAGUGUAAACUGGGUGCUCUAAGCACUUGUAGUAUAUUAAGCCUGGGAGACU